GUUAGGUGUAGUCAAAACUUGCUUUCCUGGUCCUUGAGUUGGCUGAGAUUACUUUUGUUUUAAAGGUUCAAUCAGCUUACUGAAAUACCAGUCUGCUCCUCCAGCCACUUUUAUUCCCAACAAACCUUUUAGCACUUUCAGAAGAUGUCCAUCACGGUGUAUUACAGCAGUGUGAGUGGCUCUAGAGAGGUGAAGCAACAUCAGUCUGAGAUGCUGCAGUUUCUGGAUGCCAAGAAGAUCAAGUACUUUGCUGUGGACAUCGCAGGAAGCGGUGACUUGAAGGAGGAGAUGAGGAAGAAAGUGGGAAACCCCUCAGCGAUGCCCCCUCAGGUCUUUAAUGGAGACAAAUACUGUGGGGACUAUCAGAAGUUUUCUGAUGCAAUGGAGGAUGGGAAACCAGAGACAUUUUUCAAACUCUGAACUACUAUUGGCACACUAUACUAAAUCCUUGUAUUUUUUAAAAUGAUAUAUGUUAAGAAGAUACAUACAGUAUUUUACAUCAUUAAAUGAAAAAAAAAAAAAAAAAGGAUUACUAGGGUGCAGUAAUGUCUCGAGUACCUACAAUUUAUUAACUGUUGGUGCAUUUAAUCCCCCGAUGCGUUUUUAAGCAGUGAUUCUUCUUAAAAGUUCUAAACUUUAAUAAAGAAAUUUUGGGGUGAAAAAAAAUGUCAUGGUAUCAAAUGCAAACAUUAAACUGGCAGAGAUUCAGAUGAACAAUUUUGCUAGUCUGAUAGAUUUA